AUGAACAUUAGCCAAAUUAUUUCUUAUUGGGGCUACCCAGAUGAAAUGUAUGAUAUUGUAACUGAAGAUGGUUACAUCCUUGGCCUUUAUAGAAUUCCUUAUGGGAAGACAAACAGUGGCAGAAGUCUGGCUCAGAGGCUUGUUGUCUACUUGCAACAUGGUUUGUUUACAUCUGCCAGCAGCUGGAUCUCCAAUCUGCCCAACAACAGCCUGGGCUUCAUUCUGGCAGAUGCUGGUUACGACGUGUGGAUGGGGAACAGCAGGGGGACCACCUGGUCCAGGAAACACAAGUACCUCAAGACAAAUUCCAAAGAAUUCUGGGCCUUCAGUUUUGACGAGAUGGCAAAAUACGACCUCCCAGCCUCCAUCGACUUCAUCGUGAAACACACGGGACAAGAGGAAAUAUUUUAUGUAGGCCAUUCCCAGGGUACCACUAUUGCUUUCAUAACAUUUUCCACAAUACCACAGAUAGCUGAAAGAAUCAAAAUAUUUUUUGCCUUAGCUCCAGUUUUUUCUAUCAAAUACUCAAAGAGCCCUUUAAUUAAAUUGGCAUACAAAUGGAGGUCAGUGUUAAAGGCUUUUUUUGGCAACAAAGACUUCCUACCUAAUACCUCAUUCAAAAGAUUUGUUGGUUCCAAGCUGUGUCCACUGAAGAUUAUUGGUAAGAUUUGCCGUGAUAUCUUGUUUAUGAUAUAUGGAUAUGACCAGGAGAACUUAAAUAUGAGUCGUGUGGAUGUGUAUUUGUCACAUAACCCAGCAGGGACAUCUGUUCAAAAUAUGCUACACUGGAGUCAGGUUUUUCAUUCUAGUCACUUGAGAGCUUUUGAUUGGGGCAGUCCUGCUCUGAACUUGGUUCAUUUUAAUCAGUCCACUUCUCCAUAUUACGACGUGAGGAACAUGAACGUAUCGACAGCGACUUGGAACGGGGGCAAUGACUUGUUGGCCGAUCCUCAAGAUGUGAAAAAUCUACUUUCUGAAAUUACAAACCCUAUUUACCAUAAAACUAUUUCUUGCUACAAUCAUAUAGACUUUUUGUUCGGUUUAGAUGUAUAUCAGCAAGUUUACCAUGAAAUCAUUGACAUUAUCCAAGGCAGUCUAUAA